AUGGACGACCGCGACCCCGAAAUCGAGGUCGAGGAAGACGAUGAGCUUCAAAAGUUCCUGGGUACAGCAUCGUUCGGCAAGCAAUCACGAGAGGCGAACGUGCAGAAGCAGAUUGGUCUCAGCAAGAGACCCGCGAAGGACGAGAAAUCAGGCCAGGCGCAAAUCCAGAGCAAGCAGGAGAGGGAUCCCGGCUCAGACGACGACGACGAUGAUUCGGACGACGAGGAUGAGUUCCCGGUAUCGCACGAGAUGGUCAUCAAGACGCACGAUAGACCUGUCACCGCCGCGACACUGGAUCCCUCAGGUGGAAGACUGAUCACUGGCUCUAUGGACUGCACGCUCAAGUUCCACGACUUUGCCUCUAUGACUCCUACGACCAUACGCGCCUUCAAAUCCAUCGACCCCAACGCCUCCAAGAGCUCUGCGAAUGUGGAAGUGCAUCCAGUUAAUCAGGUCCUCUUCAACCCGCUCUCUGCCAGCCACGUGCUGGUUGCGACCGCCCUACCACAAGCAAAGAUCAUAUCAAGAGACGGAGAGAUAGUGACUGAGUUUGCCAAGGGUGAUAUGUAUCUGCGGGAUAUGCACAAUACGAAGGGACAUAUCUCAGAAGUCACCACAGGCACAUGGCAUCCGACAGACCGAAAUCUCUGUGUGACCGCGGGUACGGAUAGCACUCUGCGGAUAUGGGACGUCAACAACCCAAGACAACAGAAGGAGGUCAUCGUACACAAGUCGAGAGCUGCAGGUUCAGCAGGCCGGUCAAGAAUGACCGCAGUCGUAUGGGGCUCACCCAUGCAAGGAGGAAACAACCUCCUCGUCUCCACAGCCCUCGACGGCAGUCUGGUAAUGUGGAGCGGCGAGGGACCAUACGCACGACCAGCCGCCGAAAUAAAAAACGCCCACACACCAGACACCUGGACCAGCGGCCUGGACAUCAGCGCCGACGGCCGCUCAGUCAUAACCCGAGGCGGCGACGACACGAUCAAACUCUGGGACACACGCAAAUUCAAAGCCCCCAUCACGAGCAUCUCCCACCCCUCCACGGCCUCCCAAUACCCGACAACCAACAUCCGCUUCUCGCCCACGAGCUCCCAAAUCCUCACAGGCUCCGCCGAAGGAAACCUCCACAUCCUCAACCCCUUCACCCUCCAGCCCGACCUCAUCACACCAGUAACCCCUUCCUCCCCGCUGAUCACCGUCCUCUGGCACCCGAAACUCAACCAAAUCCUCACGGGCUCCGCCAACGCCGAAACCCACCUCCUCUACAACCCGUCCACCUCACAAGCCGGCGCCAAAACCGUCAUGUCCCGCGCCCCGAAACGCCGCCACAUCGACGACGACCCCAGCCUCACCACCGACACCUCGCACGGCAUCUCCGGCGACGCCGUCAUCACUCCCGGAGGCUCCUCCCUCCCCGCGACAGCGUCCUUCGCCUCGCGGCACCCCACCGUAGGCCUCACGGCGAGUGGUCGCAGUCGUGACCCGCGCAGACCACAUAUGCCCGCGACGACGCCUUUCGCGAAGGGCAACCCCGAUGCGGAGUAUGUCAAGAGUCAGAUCCCGCUGAGUAGUCUGCGGGAUGAGGAUCCGAGGGAGGCGUUGUUGCGGUAUGCGGACAAGGCGGAGAAGGAUCCUUUGUUUACGAAUGCGUGGAAGGAGACGCAGCCGAAGACGAUUUAUGCGGAGGUUAGUGAUGGGGAGGAUGAGGAUGAGGAUGAGGAUGAGGGACCGGAGAAGAAGAAGGUCAAGCAGUGA